AGAUGGCAGCGGGUAGCGCAUUAGGUGACUUGGUGUCGGGGGAAAUGACUUCUGCAGUUUGGAAGUAUGUCGGGUUCCGAGCAAAUGAUAAAAGAGAGCUGUGGUGUUCUGUCCAUCUUCGUUCCCCGUGCACGAGGUGCGGUCCCGCGGCGGCACCGCAAAGAAACGCUCCGGAGCUGAAAAGCAGCCUACUGAGAGCCAGUUACUCAAGGAGACGACGAAUCGCCUUUCUGGUGGAAAUAUGUUGCUAGGCUCUUCCCCGGAUGUGGCGAGAUGGCCCAAAAGCCUGCGCGCCUGUGCCACAGGCUCACCGGAGCGCGUUUCCAGCACUACAGGGAGGAAAGUUGUCGUUUAUAACGCGCAUGUUGAAGCUGGAAAAGUAAAAAAUGUUGUUUGCUUUUCUGGUGAAAAAUAUUUGAUAAACUGCGUUUUUUAAAUAUGUUACUAAUAAUAAUAGUGUUUGGGGUUGAGUUUGAGCGUAAACCUGCUAUUUGUGCUCUCCAGGAGGAACCACGGAUGGGCAGCACCCCGUUGGCCCUGUUGGCCGCCACCUGCUGCCGGAUCGGGGACCCCACCCCCUCCUGCUCCCCAGCCCUUUCUGAUGGAGCUCCUGGACUCACCAAGGGGUUUCACCCGUGGAAGGGGAGCCCCCAGACCAGCAGCAGCCUGGCUUCCUGCCUCUCCCCCAUCACAGUUUCCUCCGGGACAUCCAGGAGCAAUGGGCCUGGACUGACGGAGGCCUCCAGCGCCUUCUGCCUGAAAGCCGCCAGCUGUUCUUUAGGAGAUGACUUUUCAGCGUACCAGAGCGCGGUGUCGUCCUCAGACAGCGUCUCUGACUCCUCUCAACGCCAGGUGUUCAUGCCAAAGUUCCCUUCGUCAGUGGAAAGCAUGAUUUAUCCCAGAGUGCAUCCCUAUGAUUCCUGGUUCAAACCCGUGGGAGAGGUCGGCAACGGGUCCCCGUGGUGGGACAGGAGCACCAGCUGGGUGGACGCGCAAAACCCAACCGGGUUGCCCUGCUCCCUGAGCGGUUACAGUAACGAGUACAGCUCCGUCUUCAGCCCUGGAGCAACCCAGCACCUGUUCCCCGCCACGCAGCACCUGUUUGACGGCUUCAGACCACCAUACGCAGAGCCUAUAAGCACAGUGGCGCCUCCCAGGCCGGGACCCCCCACGGUUCCUCUGCCCGCGCCUUCCCGGUCCUCAUCGCGGCGCUACUCCAGCAGAGCCACAUGUGACUGCCCGAACUGCCAGGAGGCGGAGAGCCUCGGUCCGGAGGCUCCGAGUCUAAAGGGGGCAAAGGGACAACACAGCUGCCACAUCCCGGGAUGCGGGAAGGUUUACGGUAAAACCUCCCACCUGAAAGCGCACCUGCGCUGGCACACCGGAGAGCGGCCGUUUGUUUGCAACUGGCUCUCGUGCGGGAAACGCUUCACGCGCUCCGACGAGCUCCAGCGCCACCUGCGCACGCACACCGGGGAGAAGCGCUUCGAGUGUCCGAUUUGUUGUAAACGCUUCACGCGCUCCGAUCACCUCAGCAAACACCUGAGGACACACACCGCGGAGGGUUCAGAUGAGGAACCGGGACUUGGGAAAGGGGACCUGGAUAACAGCUUGCCCGCUAGUUCGGGCGGCGCUCCGGGAGCGCGCGACGCCCCGAGCGAGGAAGGGCAGUGAGCAGCAGGUGGAUGAGUCUGGUUCACUUUCACUGGAUAAAAACGUCAAAGGCACUUUAAUCUUCAGCCGUGAGCUCUGGUUCUUUUACCUCAUCUGAGAUUCGCAAAGAAAACCAAGUUUACUCUUUUCUUUACUUUUAUGCACCUAAUUUAUUUUAUACAACAUUUUAUUGCUUUAUAAUCUUAAAAUAAAUGUUUAUGUGCCGUGUUUCAUUUGUGAUUGUUGCCUAUAAGUCACGAUUAUAAAUAAAGUAGCAUUUUUUUCAGGUUUUAGAACGUUUAUGUUUGCUGUAUUUUUUUAAUAAAACUAAAUUUUCCUGAAAAUUACAGGACAUAAAGUUUUCUAAUUCAGAAAGACUAAUUGUGUGUGUGUGUGCUUCAGAAUAAUUAAGUACAAUAGAAACAGUGCCUUUAUUCUGCAAUAUUUAGCUAAGUUUGGCCGCAUAACAGCCUAACUCCAAACAUUUAACUCUGAGUUUAAAUACAUAAAAAAAGUUUCAAAGAAACAUCUGGAAUCCAAAAGCUAUCAGGUUUCUGUAAGGGCCACAUUCUGAAUUAGCUCCUAAAAUAAACAUUUUGAUUUUAUUAGGAUUUCUAAUCUUUUAUUUAUUUCUCUAGAAGUAGGAGUGAUAAUAAAUCUUAGUUUUAACUCAACAAUAUAACGUGUUUGAUAGCAAAAAUGUAAACAUUUUCUAAGGAAAAUAAUCAGAUAACAAAUUUCCUAUCAACAUAAAAAUCUCGCAAUUGAGCAACUAAUGUGAUUUAUUUGGUUUUCUGCAUUAAAUGAUUCAAGUUUUGAAUUAUCCUUCAGGUCAGUCAAGCAGCUCACUUCACAUAAUUUCAUCUGCAUGUUGCAGCUCUCACAGACCAUAACUACAAGUUAAUUAAUCAAAAACUGCGUUUUAUCAAAAACAUAAGUGGCACUACUCCCCAGAUUUCUCCAGCUGCUUUAGCAUCUAUCUUUGGUCGACACUUGUUAGGGUCUUAAAGCUGAAAUCAAAAGUUGCUUUGAUCUUCAAGAGCAUUAAAAUAGGUGAAAUAGACUUUUCACGGUUUCAUCAUAUGCAUUAGGCCUUGUUCAGUACAUAAACUGUCAAAGUAAAAACAACUAACUGGUUAAAAGAGAAAAAUCUGCACGUUUUAUUUUAUAUAAACUGUCAAACAGUAACAUUAAAUUACAAUCUAGAGACGCUGCUUUAACUUAAAGAACUCAAACAAAAACACAAGUCAGUACCAAAACAGAUGAGAUGAUUAACAAAGGUACCUUAUUGCUAAAUACCUCUUAAGGUUAGACUGUCCACAGCCUAUAUAAAUACCUGCAUAU